AUGGCAGCUUCGGGUGGUCUAGCUGCAGAGCCUCCGAGGGAAGACGUACUUCAAUGGCUGAAAAACCUACCUCUGGCACCAGAGUACCACCCAACUCUGGCUGAAUUUCAAGAUCCAAUUGGCUACAUUUUCAAAAUUGAGAAGGAGGCCUCCAAGUAUGGAAUCUGCAAAAUCGUGCCUCCUGUGCUUCAAUCCCCCAAAAAGACUGCAAUUGCGAACCUCAACCGCUCACUCGCGGCUCGGGUUGGGGCUUCCUCCCCACCCACAUUCGCUACACGGCAGCAGCAGAUCGGGUUCUGCCCCAGGAAGCCCAGACCCGUUCAAAAGCCCGUGUGGCAGAGCGGCGCCCACUACACUUUCCAGGAGUUUGAAGCUAAGGCCAAGUCGUUCGAGAAGAGCUAUUUGAAGAAGUACACUAAGAAGGGAGGCACUCUGUCUCCUCUGGAGACCGAAACCCUUUACUGGAAAGCAACUGUCGACCAGCCUUUCUCCGUAGAGUACGCCAAUGACAUGCCUGGUUCUGCUUUCUCCGUCAGGAAGAAUUCUGGGAGGGAAGGGAUACUUGUGGAAGGGAUAACUGUUGGGGAAACAGAGUGGAAUAUGAGAGGUGUUGCCAGGGCGAAAGGUUCGCUCCUGAGGUUUAUGAAGGAGGAGAUUCCAGGCGUUACUUCCCCCAUGUUGUACAUAGCUAUGAUGUUUAGUUGGUUUGCUUGGCAUGUCGAGGACCACGACUUGCACAGCUUGAAUUACAUGCACAUGGGAGCUGGGAAGACUUGGUAUGGUGUUCCCAAGGAGGCUGCUGUGGCAUUUGAGGAGGUUGUCAGAGUUCAUGGCUACGGUGGAGAAAUCAAUCCUCUCGUCACGUUUGCUGUUCUUGGUGAGAAGACCACAGUUAUGUCUCCUGAAGUAUUCAUUAGAGCUGGUGUUCCAUGCUGCAGACUUGUACAAAAUGCUGGGGAGUUUGUUGUCACCUUCCCGAGAGCCUAUCAUUCAGGAUUCAGUCAUGGAUUUAACUGUGCGGAGGCGUCGAAUAUUGCAACUCCUGAAUGGUUAAGAGUUGCUAAGGAUGCUGCUAUCAGAAGAGCUUCUAUCAAUUAUCCUCCAAUGGUGUCUCAUUUUCAGUUGCUCUAUGAUCUUGCAUCUGAGUUAUGUUCAAGAUUAACAGUAAAUAGCGGUGCUAAGCCAAGGAGCUCUAGACUAAAGGAAAAGCAAAAGGGGGUAGGGGAAAUGGUGACCAAAGAGAUGUUUGUGAAAAAUGUCAUUCACAAUAAUGACCUACUUCAUAAUCUUGGGAAUGGGUCCCCGGUUGUGCUUCUACCCCGAAGUUCUUCGGAUAUAUCCUUGUGUUUAAAUUUCCGAGUCGGAUCACAGUUUGUGAAACCAUUUGGGUUAUUUGCUCACAAGGGUUUGAUGGAUAAAGCGAGAUCUUCCUCUGGUUCUCAUGAGACCAUGUUAGACAGGUCAGGUGUGAUAGAUAAAGUCAAAGGCAUGGGACAACUGAAAACAAAGUUUGGUUCUCCAUGUGAAGGAAACACACUUCCAACAUCGAACCAUCAUGGAAACGUUCACAUUCUUGAAGGAGAUAAUGAAAGGAUGGUGAUGCGUGACAAUAGAUGCCCAGAUCAGAGAUUGUUUUCUUGCGUUACCUGUGGAAUUUUGAAUUACGAUUGUGUUGCUAUCAUUCAACCCAGAGAAGCAGCUGCGAGGUACUUCAUGUCAGCUGAUUGUAGCUUCUUUAAUGACUGGACGGUCGUUUCUGGCAUUAGUAAAGAUGCAUUCGUUGCUGCAGAUGGAGAUGCAAGUACAUCUACAACAAGAACGGUUCAGGAGAAUACUGGCCAUGGACCUUAUGAUGGUGUCCUACAAUCUGCAAAUCACCCAAGACAGAUGGUGGAUCAGAGCAUUGUAGCAGUUCUUGAAGAUACUAAACAAGAAAAUGAAUCAUCAGCGCUUGGUCUAUUAGCGUUGAAUUAUGGAGAUUCUUCAUCUGACCUAGAUGAAGAUCUAGGUGGUUCCCCCUACAAUGAUGAUGACCAUAAUCGGGCGAAUAGUUUAUCAGAAGGUAACCAUCAGCAUCAGGACUCUGCUUCACCUUUUAAGGAAGAACUUCCUGAUGAUACAGCCAGUUAUAACACCGUUUCUCAACAAAAACUUGAUAGUGGGGGCAGAGACACCGUCUUUCUCCAGAAUCUUGAGAACAAUGUGCAACAUCAUGAAGGGCACAGACCAGUUAAUUAUGUAGACGGAAAUCAAAUUUUUGACAGGUCUAGUAUUGCCUCUAGAAACGGGGAUCUAGCAGAUACAGAGAGCACUCGGUGUAUCAGGGCCAUUGUCCCACAAGAAGAUACGGCAGGUGCAUUGCUUUCCCCAGGAUGUGAUGAAGACUCUUCCCGCAUGCAUGUCUUCUGUCUUGAGCAUGCAGUUGAAGUUGAACAACAACUUCGUCGAAUUGGAGGAGUGCAUAUAUUUCUACUUUGUCAUCCAGAUUAUCCUGGAUUAGAAGAGCAAGCAAAGUUAGUCUCAGAAGAACUGGGGACUGAUUAUUUGUGGAAGGAAACUGAUUUUCGGGCUGCAACCAAAGAGGAUGAGAAAAGGAUCCAAUCAGCUUUGGAUAUGGAGGAAUCCAUUCCAGGAAAUUGUGAUUGGGCUGUGAAGCUGGGGAUCAAUCUUUUCUACAGUGCUAAUCUUAGCUGGUCGCCGCUUUAUAGUAAGCAGAUGGCAUACAAUUCUGUGAUCUACAAUGCAUUUGGUCGUGCAUCUCCUGUAAGCUCACCUAAGAAGUCUACUAAUAAUGUUUCUGGACGGUCCGGCAAGCAGAGAAAAAUGAUGGUAGGUAAAUGGUGUGGCAGAGUUUGGAUGUCAAAUCAAGUGCAUCCCUUUAUAGCAAAGUGGGAUUCCCAGUAUCCUGAUCAGGAAGAGAAGGUUGAGGUACAAGAAACACAUGUCCUGCAAAGAGAAACCACAAGAGUCUCUGUCAAAUCUGGGAAGAGAAAGAAACCUCCAACAGCAAAGAAGCCCUCAGUUAUGAAAGUUGUGCCCAUGGAGACUGAGGCUGCUGCUUCAGACGGUUUAGGUGUUUCUCAUAAGCAGAUUAGGAGGCUAAACAGCCGGAAGAGAACUGGAGGACCUCGAAGAGAAGUAUCAGCAGACAAUUCUGUGGAGGAGCAUGAUGAGAGCUUGCACAGAAAAAAGAUAGCAACAGCUAUUGUGAAUGAAGAUAUUGAUUCUGAUGAUUCUCUACAUCAGUACAAGAACACUAGAAGUGAGCAAGCCAAACAUUUCGACUGUGAAAAACAUUCAGGAUUCUAUGAAACAGCACGGAAAGCUCCCAAAAAGCAACUGAGAACACCUAGAGUCAGUCAGACCAAAUAUGUCGAGAAAGAAUCAGAAGCUUCAGACGAUUCAUUAUUACAAGAGAACAACAUUUUUCAAUGGCAUGGAAGAGUUCCUAGAAGUAAUAUGCAAAUGAAAUUAUUGGAGAGAGAGCAGCCAGGUUUUGGAGCUCCACUAGAAGAAGAGAGUUCUCAGAAGUCUCAUAAGGUCUAUCAAAGGAGAAAAGGCAAAUGCGCAGAAAAGGAAGAUGCAGCAGCAGCUCCAAGCGAGAUGACAGAAAGUAUUAUCUCUCAUAGGCAGAACAGUUACAGCAGGAUUCCUGAGGAAGCUGUGUUUGAUGAUGAUAAUGAUUCUCUAGAUGGUGUUCAGUGGCGCACUACAAGCGUCUCUGAAGUGGAGAGAGGACCCAGAUCUUCUGAGAGGGAAGAUGCUAUGUCUGAUGAUGCUUCAAACUACAAUGAUCGAAGGGCUAUUAUGCUUCGGGGCAAAGAUCCCAUAUUUGAUUCCACAGAAGAUCUCGUAGUUUCAGAUGAUCCACUUUACAAUGAGGAUGCCCAUCAAAGAACCAUUCCUAGAGGCAACAAAAGGGCCAAAGUUACAGAAGAAAGACAACAUGACUUUACAAGGAAGACUCCAAGAGGUAAUAAGCGAACCAAAUUUAUCAAAGGAGAGAUGGAGGAUGAUGUGGUUCCAGAUGAUUUGGUAGGAGAAAGGUAUAACCAGCAGCAGCAAGGGAGAUCUCUUAGAAGCAAGCAGCAGAGGAAACCUGUAGCGACCCUUAGCCAGAUGAAAAGCCAAACUCCACAACAGUUGAGAAGUGGGAAGAAGCCAAUGCAGAAAGAGACUCUUCCUCUUUCAGUGACACAGCAGAAGAGGCAUUUUAAGGAUGAUGAUGAAUCUGACCAGGAAGGCGGGCCUAGCACACGCCUGAGGAAAAGGCCAUCAAAAUCUACCCCUCAAGUGUCUGGAACUAAUAAAUCUAACAAGGAGAAGCAGGGAGGUAGUAGUAGCAGGAUCAAAGUGAUGAAGUAUUCUACUCCAGCUGCUGGUGGACGCAGCAAGAGUGUGAAGGUGAAAGAGAUGGAAGCACAAUACCAGUGUGAUAUUGAUGGAUGCACCAUGAGUUUUGGGUCAAAGCAAGAGCUUAAUGUCCACAAAAGGAACAUUUGCCCAGUGAAGGGAUGUGGGAAGGUGUUCUUCUCGCAUAAGUAUCUGGUGCAGCAUAGGAGAGUUCAUGUGGACGACAGGCCACUUAAGUGCCCAUGGAAGGGGUGCAAGAUGUCAUUCAAGUGGGCUUGGGCUAGAACCGAGCACAUCAGGGUUCACACAGGUGCACGCCCGUAUGUGUGUGCAGAAGAAGGAUGCGGCCAAACGUUCAGAUUUGUGUCAGAUUUCAGCCGUCACAAGAGAAAGACUGGUCAUAUAGGCAGGAAGGACAGCGAGUAA